UCUUGGCAGGUACGGGCUACGUAUGCCAGACCUCCCGACAAAGCAAGCAGCUACCUAAACGAGCAGAGCAGUCGCGAACUUGUAGCUUUCUUUUCUCAGAGAAGGAACAGCUCGCUGUUACCGUCAACGGCGAAGAAAAGUGAUAAAUGGAUGAAUCGUCACAGCGCCGCAAUCCCAAUCCAGCUCAACACAGCACAGCACAACUACACAGCAACCGGCAGAGCGGCACCCAUAGCAACCAGAGACGCUCCCUACGAUUCUAGCUGGUUCCCAUGCGCAACCCUUCUCGUGUUGUCGCGCCCAUCUCCUCUCUGCCUUGUUUCUCUGGCUAGAGCCAACUCACCACCGAGACAACCUGCCCAACAUGAAGACCCUACUCUCCUUCCUGCUCCUCCUCCUGGCUGCCCUCUCCCACGCAAUCAGCUCCACCGGGGAUCGUCUGCUGGUCAUCCUUGAGGACGUCGCCGAGAAAGAGAGUUACUCCAAGUUUCUUGGUGAUUUAGAGGGCCGCGGGUUCCAGAUCAGCUACGAGACACCCAAGAGCGAAGGCUUGAGUGUCUUCCACCUGGGAGAGAGAUCCUAUGACCAUAUUCUAUUCCUGCCCACCAAGUCCAAGGGUCUGGGCCCCAAUUUGACGCCCAAGAUCCUGCUCGACUUCAUCAAUGCGAACGGCAACAUCCUACUGGCCCUCUCCGCCGCCCAGCCUGCGCCGACAACCAUUGUUUCCCUGCUCCUCGAGUUAGACAUCCACCUACCUCCCGACCGACAGGGCCUAGUGGUUGACCACUUCAACUACGAUAUCUCGUCUUCACCGGAGAAGCAUGACGUUCUGCUGCUUCCGCCACCCGGCCCCCUCCGGCCAGAUAUCAAGGACUUCUUCGCCCCCACUUCAACUGACGGGGAGUUCAUCGCCUUUCCAAACGGUAUGGGCCAGGCCCUCGGCCCGGGCGCCCUCCUCAGCCCGAUCCUGCGCGCUCCCUCGACAUCUUACAGCUACAAUCCCAAGGAGCAAGCCGAAGUCAUCGAUGACCUCUUUGCCAGCGGUGCCCAGCUCUCCCUUGUGAGCACUCUGCAGGCCCGCAACUCGGCCCGUUUCACCGUCCUAGGCUCGGCCGACAUGCUGAGCGACAAGUGGUUCGACGCGAAGGUGAAGAAGGUUGGCGAGAAGAAGGCAGCUGGAACCCUUAACCGCGAGUUUUCCAAGCAGGUGUCGGGCUGGACCUUUAAGGAGACGGGUGUCCUGAGAGUGAACUGGAUCGAGCACCACCUGAAUGAGCCAGGUGCAAGUAACGCGAGCAACCCCAAGAUUUAUCGUAUCAAGAAUGACGUGACAUAUUCCAUUUCGCUAUCCGAGUACUCUUGGGAUAAAUAUAUCCCCUUUACCGUGCCCGAGUCGGACGACCUGCAGCUGGAAUUCUCCAUGCUUUCCCCUUUCUACCGGCUGAAACUGCACCCGACCAUCUCAUCCGAGGACAGCACCACAUAUUCCGUAUCGUUCAAGCUGCCAGACCAGCACGGCAUCUUCAACUUCAAGGUCAACUACAAGAGACCUUUCUACAGCAACGUCGAGGAGAAGAACACCGUUUCCGUGCGACACAUUGCCCAUGAUGAAUGGCCCCGCAGCUACGUCAUCAGUGGCGCCUGGCCGUGGAUCGCCGGCAUUGGUGUGACCGUCACCGGAUGGCUCUCUUUUUGCGCCCUGUGGCUGUACAGCAAACCGCCAAGUACCGACGCGCGCAAGGAGUCCAAGAAGAAGCAGUAAAGUUGAAGUGACGGAUGUUUCACCGUAAAGUAAGGGGGCGGAAACGACCGAAAAGUAAGUAAGGGAUUUCUGCCUAGCAUUUAAAUGUGCACGAGGCAGGUAUGAGCGGAAAAUAAAAGAAUAAACAGAUGCAAGAGGAGUCAUCUAUGCAGUCAAUGUCAUGUCUACACUUCUCCCGCUUCGUCUACCAUGGGCAGGCUUGGAACCGCCGACGAUAAGACACCGAUAUAUGUGUUGUUGAUAGAGGCCACUCUAAGGUGGCAGAAGUCAUCAGAUCUAUCCAGACCUUUAUCGAAGUUAGUCGGGUGGAGAGGCCAGAGACCCCCGUUUCCUGUCGAUGAUAUAUGGACGCGAGGACGGGCAAAAAAACAGGGGAGUUGGAGUGGUCUAAGAGGGAAUUAGACGAGCUUACCAUUUACUGGACUGAGGAACCAUAGAUACUUAUGCAGGCUAGGUAUAAUGAGAAAUGGGUUGAUACACGUAAACU